AUGUACAAGGAUCGAACAAUACAGCCUGUCAUGGACAAGUCAAAGAAGCUCCACAGCAAUGGGGCUACUUUAGUCGCAAAACGACGGGCAGUGACCUCUCUAUCUCCUGCCAAAGAACGCCACGCCAUUGAUAGACUUCCCCUCCCCAACAGCAUGGACCAGCUCCGACCAGGAUUACCCAUCAUUGUGCAGACCAAGUCAAGCAAUCUACUAUCUGGAAGUCGACCACCCACAAAACCGCCACCUUUGCCCAGACGUUCAAUAGCUGUUUCACAAGAAGAAACAUGUUUGGUGUCAGCUGCUGGGGAUGUUAUGGUCUGUCGCGGCCGUGAGUUUGUCGAGCUAACCACCACUCAAUCCUCCACUCAAUAUGGCACUCUGGUAACUUGUGGUUCCAAUGUUACCAAGGCAGGAAGCGUGGGCUGGUGUGAUCUAGAAUGCUCCAAACUUCCGUUGAACCUGGAAAAAUCUGCCCUGUGUAAUCCUUGGUUAACUCGACUGGGAGGACAACGAGAAGAAAAGAAGGAAGACGACCGGACAACGAUGGAGUAUAGUGGAGGACUUCGUGGAGGGUCAACCUACGAGUGGGAAGCCCACACUGCCGAUCAUCUGGCGAAUGCCGAUUUCCCGCAGGGACGGCUCGAAAUUGUAGUAGCCGAGUCCUCAUCAGCCAUUCUAUCACCACAAUCGUCUCCUGUGCCUCUUCAUGAUUUGGAGGGUGACGACGAAGAUCGUGUCUUGUCCAUGCCAAGUUUUGAUUACUCCCAUUUUGGUGCUGGCGGAAACGAUAUGCUUCCUUCCUCGCCACAUCGCUUCCAGUCAAGGAGACGUUCAGAUCCUGCAGAGGUUGACGUCAAUCUCGUGUCCAAAGGAGCACACACCGAACAGGUUCCUAUACAACGGACAACACAACAAGUUGCCUCUUUUUUUCAACCUGAAAGUGCCCCAACAACCGUGCCAAGUGCACCAUCCAUCUUUCAUGGCGUUCCUACCUUUCUGUCCUCUCUAUCGCAAGUCCGGAUACAACAUGUGUCAGCUCACCCCCGAGGAUCGCAUGUACUGAUGAUAUCCACAGAGGCACUCUUAUUCUCCUAUGGCCUUAAUGAUCAUGGUCAGCUGGGCAUUGGCAUCAAAUCACCCGGUCCAGGGGAGGGUGCCGGAUCGCACAGCCGAUACGUGUGGACUCCCACGAUUAUCACGCCACUUCUAGAAAAUGGAGGGAAGGCUGUCAUCUGUGCUGCUGGGGAGUCACAUUCUCUGGUCGUAGUCUCAACUGAAGGAAGGCGAGUCCUGAAGGCUCAUUCGCCGCAAUCAGACACGAGUAGUCAACCAGGCACGCCUGCAACUAUAAAAAUGAACCGUGUAAGCUCGUCACCGCCAUCCAUGAAUACCGAACGCGAGAACUACGAAAACAAAGGGGGACGACCAAUGUCACCAACACCAUCUGCCGCAGCAUCAGUGUGGCACCAUCAGCUAUAUGGUUUCGGCCGGAACAACUCAAUGAAGAUUGGUUUGGUCCAUCCGCGACGGAAGCGUUCGAUAGAGGAGCCUGUGUCGCCUCAGUCACCGGAUGCAUCAAAUGACACCAGCCUAUUGGUCGAUUACAACCCCGACGACAUGGAAGAUGUCUUGUUACCUCACAGGGUAGCGUUGCUCUGUACGGUCUGGCCAGAAUCCACAGCCAACAAUACAGGAUCAGUCAAUGGCAGCCGGACAGCUCCAUCGUCUUCCCUUCCACAAGGAAUAUUCGCGUUGACUGCGUCUUCGGAACACUCUGCCGCCCUUGUACGAAGAGCCACUGGAAGUGUCGAGCUUUACACGUGGGGGAACGCAGCGUAUCAUGCGUUGGGUCUAUCCAAAAAGCAGUUAUCAGCGUUGAAGAUACCAAAAACUGUUCCUGUACCAACCUUGGUGGAGUCUUUGUCACUCCAAGGGAAGGAUCACCAGUCCCCGAAACCAUCAAACUCAUUGCUGAAGCAGGAUCCCCCCGAGUACCCUGUGGACAUUGCUUUGGGUCCGUACUCUUCCUUUGUGGUCACGUCUAAGGGAAGGUGCCUGUCCUUUGGAAUCAGUUACGACGGAAUGCUAGGACUGGGAAACAACGUUGUGGAAGCCAGAGAACCAAAGGAUAUCAAGUUUCGCCGUGCCACUACUCCUGUAGAGAUCACUUCGCUUAGUGCUGGGGCAAGCCAUGUGAUGGCGUUGGCAAGGGAUGGGACUGUUUUUUCGUGGGGUAAAAACACCGAUGGGCGGCUCGGUCUCGGAGAAGUCCGCACGAUGUUGCCACCAGGGGACCAAGAGGAGGCCCCAGAGCUAGAGAGGACGAUUGAGUGGGCACCCACCACGGUUCCGCGGCUAACUCGAGGAUGUGCCGAUCUCGACAAUUCUAAUAGGGGCGACGAUGCGUACGGCCCAGUGGUGCAAGUUUGCGCAGGACUGGAUUGUUCUAUUCUAGUAACAGAGUGCGGGCAGGUGUUUUCCUGCGGAAAGCACUCGGGGCGGCUUGGUCUCGGAGAAGCUGAUAGUGAUGUUUACAGUCCGACGCCCCUUUUUGGCGGGCUGAGCCUGUGGCGCAGGCCAAAUGCAGCCCCUCGGACUCGACAAGACAAGUCCUCCCCGCCCCCCUUGAAAAGUCGGCCAUUUCUGAAGAGAGGAAUGACAACGGGAUGA